UUGGUUAGUGGAUGUAACGCAAAAAAUAAACCACUCGGUUUAAUUUAUUUUUAAAGUUGCCAAUGUGCCUAAAGGCAGAACAGCAACAAAUUCAAGAAACAAUCUCCACAUUCACUCAAGCUGGACAAAGCUUGAUAAUAAACCUUGGUGAGAUGGUAGCAUAGAAGGAAAAUGUCACUAUACGGAGAGAAUGUCCGCUCUCCUUUGGAGCAAGUGUGGAGGCAGUUUGUACCUCAAGGGUAUGACCAAGCACUACGCAAUGCCUUCUAUAAUGUUGCAGCUGUCAUCUUUGUCGGGGCGGCUGCUGCAGCUGCUUGGUCCGUAUACAAAAUAUUUGAGCCUUUUGUGCAGCCAUUGCUAUGGGCAGUUUUAAUUGGUUCGCUACUGCAUCCUGCCAAAGAUGCAUUAACACGGUGGACUCGAAACUGGCUUUUAGACGUGAGGGCGUCACAUAGUCUUCUGUCAGUGUCAGUAGCUCUGCUUCCAUUACAUUUUCUUGACACUACAUCUGAAGUUGUUGGCAGAUUUGUUGUGAGGCAUGUGCGGAGUGUUGUGACGGUUACAGUUAUCUUACCACUCUUUUACAUCAUUAUCCAUCACACCCCCACAUUCCUGUCCACUCUUGCCUACACUCUUUGUUCAGCUACUAUGUCAGUGAUCACAGUUAUUGUGUCAGUGGUGACAUACAAUGGCUAUGUUGUUUUAACAGUAAUUUUUGGAUACCUUGUGGCUGUGGUAUUCUUCUGGUCUUCAGCAACUAGAGAUGUCUUGGGCCGCAUGAGUCUGGCCGUGUGGGUCAUGGCAGCAGCUGGCAUGUCUGGUUUGUGGCCAGCAGGAAGUGUUCCAGUCUUUAUUAUCCUGUGUCUUCUGCUUGUGGCUGGUCUAGUGACUGAAAUCAUGGAUGUAUUUUCUGCUAAUAAGGCUGCUAAAGGUGAUGAUGCUAGCAUUAUUGAGGCAGCAUUGUUAGUGUGUCUAGGCAACGCAUCUGCAAUAGAGAAUGUGACAUGUGAAGGACAAGAGAAGGAGAAAAGAGAAAUGGAAGGUAUUGGAACAGGUGGAUCACUUUCACCUGUUACCGAGGAGGACAGUGUAGAGGACAUAGGCAACAAGGAGUCUCCCUCUAGACUCUCAUCAAUCCCAGAAGUAACCACAACAUCUCCUGCUGAGACUGACGAAGGAGCUACUGAUAAUGACCUGGAUAAGGACACACAGCAAGAGUAUACAUCAGACUUGGACAAUGGGGAUCAAACUCAGCUGCUGAAGGAGGAUGUAUCUGCGUCACUCUCACCGAAGCAAGAAGAGAAGAUGCACCAGGCGACUGAGCAGAAGCCACAUGCUGAUGAUCCAUACCGGACACCACUGAUGGAGACGCCACGGCCACGACACCUGCUUAGUGGGAAUGUGCCGUCGCGUGCACUGCCUACCCACGGGCUGAUAAGUCCAGAUGAACGCCCAGGUGAAGAAGAUAAUGGCAGCAACAUGUAUCUGAAGGGUGUGUUAGUAGCAUGUAUCUUGGUGGAGCUUUGGCAACAUAACUACUUACUGCCUCUGUUGCCUAUAGCCAUGAUCUACUAUAUCAUUAAGAAAGUUGCUUCCAAGUAUUUGCUUUGGGGAACUGCAUUGUCUGAUGUAGCAAAUAAUGCCAGGAACAAAGUUCUGAUGUGGGCUGAGGCCCGAAAAGCAGCUAUCCUGCCCCCACCUGUCAAGGGUGUAAUUAAGCUGCUAGUAAGGACUGAUCACCGCUUAGUUGUAGCCCUCUCAGCUGGUGUGGAUGCCAUUGUAACACUGCUACUCAUAUUAGCAGUCAUCUUUUUUGCUGUCACAGCAUCAAUAUUCCUAGCAGUACAGAUUCAAGGCGAAAGCAUGGCUCUGGUUACUCUAGGCAGCCAGAUGAUCAACUCGACUGUUGUGAACAACCCACAGUUUUUAGAGCUCCUUCCAGAGGGCCUUGGAGAUGUUGUCAGUAAUGCUUUGGACGAAGGUUACCUCUAUGGGCGAGAGUGGAUUGCCAGCAUGCUGAUUGAGGUGGAGGGUUCCUCACACCCAACUAUCAAUGCCACAAAGGUGGUGCGAGGAAUGUUAGGAGAGACAGAUGAGGCGAAAGCUCAACAUCUGGAGAAACAGGUUGUAGAGCUGUGGGACCGUGUGUACCAGGCAUGGGUCUCGGCCCAUCCAACCCCACCGACCAGCCCUAAGGUUACUUCUGAGGCAGUGGCGCUCUCAUUUGACACUUUGGUGGAUGGACUGCGUAAGACUUCAGGCCCAGGAGAUGUUUUUUCAAGAACAGGUUUGGUGAGUUUCUCCUUUCUAAGUGAAGUCCUGAAGGAUAACCUUGGGACUGUGGUCAGUGUCCUAGAGUCUGUGUGGACAAUCUUGCUGGGCAACUUGAGUCUGGCCGUUUCUGCCUUGACUGCAGCUGCCUCCCUCCUCCUGGGUGGUUCUCUGUCUUUGCUAAAUGCUCUGAUUAGUGUGGUUGUCUUCAUGUCAUCACUCUUCUACGUACUCAGUGCAAGUGGCUCUGUUUACAAACCUGUGGCAGUUCUUGGCAAUCUAGCACCUGGCCAGAUGAACCAGCUUGGAAAAGCAGUUGAAGAUGCUGUAAAUGGUGUUUUUAUUGCAUCUUUAAAAAUGGGAGCAUUUUAUGGAAUGUGGACAUGGUUACUUCAUUCACUGUUCUCCACUAAUGUUGUUUACAUUCCGUCAGUAUUAGGAGCCUUGUUUGGUGCCGUACCAUUAGUGGGCACCUACUGGGCUGCAUUGCCUGGAGCUUUAGAGCUAUGCUGGAGCCAAGGAUCUCCUACCUUGGCAUUGCUCCUUUUUGCUGCACAACUGCUGCCCAUGUCAUGCGUUGAUACUGCCAUCUAUGCUGACAUUAAAGGAGGUAGUCACCCCUACCUCACAGGCCUGGCAGUAGCUGGUGGCAUAUUCUACUGGGGUGCAGAGGGAGCAAUUCUAGGACCCUUGCUCUUGUGCAUCCUUAAAGUGGCUACCAAUAUUUAUUCUUCACUCAUUCAAUCACCAGCAGAUAUCACCAGACGUUUUGGUAAACUACGGAGAAGUCUGAGCGAUCUGCACUUAUAAGGAGCAAGAAGAGCUAUGAACAGAUUGCACAAUCUGCUCUGCAAUCUCCAGAUUUUUGCUUCUAGCUUUUAGAAGAGCUUUUGCCAAAGUGUUUUGCAAAAUUUGUCAGAUUUAUUCCAAACUUGUGCCUUUUUUGGUAAUGUAAUGCCAUCUGUAAUAUUGUUAUAAUUGAAAUGUUAGAAGCUUGAUAGGCGAGAGAAUUAUUGUAAAUUUUAGCUUUUGAUAUUUAGUUAAGUUAUACAGAUGUUUAUGAGAUAUCUCAGUGUCCAUUAGGCUCAUAAUGUUUUGCUUUUGUAAUCUCAUUUUAAUACAUUAAUCAAACUUAAUGUUACUGUUAAGGUAAAAGGUUGUAAAUCAAAUAUAUAUAUUUAUAUUCCAUUUCUUAUUGGAGCUGGGUCUGAACUUCAUAUAUGGUUUUCUUUUCUUCCAUAUGUAGAUAAAAACACUUACAUAGUAAUAGGUAAUCAUUGAUUCACAGAAAUGGUGCUAUUAGAAUGGUCUCUCACAACUGCAGGUAGUGUUUUUAGUGUUUACAGCUUUAAUUAGUUAUCCCUACUAUCAGGACAGUAGAAAUGUUGGUAUAACACUUUUUUUUUUUACCAUUUACUUUGAUGAUUCUCAUUCUUAUUCUUUGCAUUAAACCCAAAGGGAUUGUAAUGGUGAAGUUAAUCGGCUUAAUACAAGUUAUGUUAAUUAUGCAUGAGGGAAGGACUGUGAAAUGUACUUGAUUGAAAAAUGUAAAACUGAAUAAGAGUUACCUUUGUAUACAUAUUUUGUGUGGUUGUGUGUGGGUUAUAGGUCAGGUGGUGGAUGUGGAUGGAUGUAGGUGUGUGGGUUUGUAUGUGGGUAUAAAUGUGAGAGUAAAUGUUGUCUUAUUUUAAGAGAGAAAGAGUUUAGUGAGUGAGUGUGUGAGAGUGUGAAUGUGUGUUUCAGGACAGUAACUCUUGAUAGCUUUGUUGAAUUAGAUUCACAUUUUGUACGAAAGAAUGUUAUAAUCACAUAUGUCAAAGUGCAGAUUUCUGAUAUUUGAACUUUCAUUUUCCAGGCCGUUUCUGUCCUUGCCUUUUUUAAUUACAGUUGUACUUCGCAAAACUUCAAUACUUUAUAUAGACAUUUUCAAAUAAGAAUGAUGGUACAGGAAUGUCUUGGCUUGCUUUGUAUGAAUUGAUUAUCAUUUGUCAAACUUCACUAAAUAUAGGAUAGUUGUUUGAUUACAGAAAUUUGAGACAUUCUAAUUAUUUAAGGUUGAAGGUUAAACUUAACAAAAUAUUUAAGUGAAAUUUAUAGGUUGGUUCUUGGGGUAGUUUGCAAAAGUAUUUCUUAUUAUGUUGAAUAGUAAAUCAGCCAGUAGCUGUAAAAAUUUGAGUUAUUUCUUGUAAAUUUCACUUUAACCAAUUUAAGGCCAACUUGGGAAGAAACCCCAGUAAAAAAAACUAAUAUUUGAUUUUUUAGAACUUCAUCAUCAUUGCAAGUUCAGGCAGUUGGGGCUGUAAAGAUAUAGCUUUACUUUUUCAUGUGGCAGUUUGUAAACUUUGUGACACAUGUUGCUCACGGCAGCCGUAACACAGGCAUUCUAUAUUGUAUAUUCACACCUCCUUUUAUGAUUUACAAACAUCCUCUCUCUAACUCUUGCAUCUCAUAUUUAUUGCAUUUCUUCAUGUCAUUUGAUCUUUCACCUUUCUUUUUCUUUUGUGUUUCAUCUUUCUGCAGCAGCAGCAGCUUUUUUUCUAUUAGGUAUGUAAUGGCUAUUAAGAGUUGAAAUAUGGAGGUUCACAAUUCUUUUAGCUAUACAGUAAUUCAUUACAGUAUAUAUGUGUCCAAAGAUUUUAUUUAGGUAUUUUCUGUUCUGACUAGUUAAAAAUAGAAUAGCACUUGUAUAUGGAUAUCGUUUCGCAUAUUUUUUGGGGACAGUGUUAAGGAUGCUCUCUUUUAAUGUUAAUAUAAUUCCUCUUCCUCUUGCUUACAGCAUUCAGACGUACAAUUCAAGUAAAAGGAUUCUCGGACAUGUUCAACUUUUCAUUAGUAUUCCUCAUUUUGCCUGUGCUUGAGGUUUUCUCUGCUGUGAUUUUUGCGCUCUAGAAAUUUUAAGAUUGAAUUAACUUGCAUAAGGAUUGCAAGGAGAACAACUUACAUGAAACAUGUUUAUUGGUAGAUACUACCUACUUUGCAUAUUAUGGACACUGUUAUAAAGGGAACAUUUUCUGUUGUAAAAGAUAUGACUUUGAUGAAAGUGGAUGAAAUUCCUUUUUACUACUUAGAAGUUGCCGAGUUCAUAACCUAUAAUUUUUUUUUUCCUGCGAUCCCUUGAUACUAAUCGGUGACCUAAUAACCAGUGACUUUUUUGUGUUAUGUCUAUAGUAAAGUAUAAAAUCAAA